CGUGAGAGCGACCAAUAAUGUAUAAUAUAUCAAAACUCAAAUGUGUCUUUGAUUUUUUUUGUUAAAUUGGCACGACCUAUCUGUGCAACUCAAUAUUAUGUAAGAAACCGUGAAAACAAAAUGAAUUUUAGCUUUGAAAACGUUUUUCGCCAGGAUGGUGCUCCAAAAUUCUAUAGGAAGAUAGAAGUUGGAAGAAUGGAAGGAUGUAAUGCAUCACUGGCGAAAGGGGGUCUACCGUACCGCCUACGUUAGAAAUCAUCGACACGGGCGCAGCUCGCGAGGUAAUGCGGCUGCGUUUGUGCCACUGAAGCUUUUCCAGGAUCGCGAUCCAGGGUUAGGCGGGAGGCCAGGAAAGGUGGGAGAGAAAGGGAGGCGCUGACCGUGCGAGAAAGAUGGCAGAAAGGGUAGCAGGUCGGAGGAGCGUUGCUUCACGCUCGGUGGGGAGUCCAACGUGCACCGUGCAUCCAGUUGUAUACCUAAAUGCGUACCCGGCGCUGUUUUAAUAGUACACACGUGCAGUCGCGGCCCAAUGAAUUGAUCCCGCGAGGUGAAUCCCCCCAGGGAUGAAAAAGAUGUCGCGCCAUCUUUGAGGGCACCCCCGGAGGGCCAGCGCGCGCAAUUUUCAUCCGCGGACCGUCAGACGCCGCGCUCACAAUUUUUCGGAGCUGACUCGCGAAUUAGGGGUCCGUACGCGUCCCACGGACCAGCUUUUCGAACCUCGAAACUUCGGGAAAGACUCCGAAAGUGAUACUUGUCAAAUUCAUUUUUGUUGUUUUUUUUUUUUGUAGCUCUCUGGGAAGACUCUGAAAGUGAAACUUGUUAGAUCGAUUUCUGUAUAUUUCAACGGACUCUGAAAGUGGAAUUCGUUGAAUUAAUUUGUAUAGCUUUGGGAAGACGACGAAUUCAUUUUUAUAAAUUUGCGAGGACUCCGAAAGUGAAACUUGUUACGUUCUUUACUGGAGCAUUGAGGACACCUCAGCGAAUUAAUUUUCGUAGCUCACGGGGGUUACGAACGUGAAAUUUGUCAAAUUGAAUUUUUUAGCUUCGAGAAGGCUUUGAAAGCAGUACUUAUCGAAUCGGUAUUUGUAGCUCUGAGAAAGUUCUGAAAGUGAAACUCAUUUUUGUAGCCUAUUGAAGACUUUAAAAGUGAAACUUACAAAAAUUAAUUUCUGUAGCUUCGAGUGGAGUCAAAGAACCAAAAAUUUAUCUUCCAGUGUCGUUUAUUAACUUCCUGACGAUUGAAAUUUUGAUCACACCUGGAACCACGAAGAGAAUCGUAAAAAUUCUGAGAUGAUCAUUAAAUGAAGUAAUCGAAGUUUUCCAGUUGUCGUUUAAUAUCUGGAAAGUUAAACCUCGGCGCAGUACCUUCCCACGCUCGUCAUCUAUGAAAUUCGUUAAGAAUAUUUAUCAAUAAAAUGUCGAUCCAAGCUGCACGCACUGUACGAGAAAAUGUGUGUGUCAUUGGGUGCGUCGAAGUUCCGUCGGACUGGUGUGAAGUGCGAGACGGGAAGUGAGAAAUAGUUCUACAGGAGAUAAAGAAACGAACUGAAGUGCAAAAGUUGUGAGUCGUACAUUUUUUUUUUCUAUUUCUUCUUUUAUCAGUAAGUCGGUGAACUUUUAUUCCGAGAACAUACUACUUGAAAUAGCUGACAAUCACUCUUUAUCGACCCUAGCUUGCCUUCCAAACAUUAAUGACAUUUAUGGCACUUGACUGAAUUGCACAAGUUGUGAUACAUAUUCUUAUUUUUAUUUUUCUUACGUCAACAAAUAAAUGGACUUUUUUCGAGAGUAUAUUAUUUGAUGUAACGAUGAACGUUCGUAGGCGAUGAUUGUUUAAUUUCCAAAUAAUUGAUGACACUUGUGGUAUAGGACGGUGGUUGUGUGAGAUGAAAAUUACGAAGGACGAUGUAGUCGACGGUAGUUAAUCAACAUGAUAACAAUAAUGGUAAUCGAUGGGAUUCCGUGAACGUCCGAAGUGUGUCAAGUACCGACGGCUUGAUAAAAGUGCGCGUCCCUUGGGAAGUUCCUGCCGCCGAAAUCACUUUCGCACCGAGGGGGAAGGCUAAUUGGUCCUCACCCUAGUGAAAUGCCUACGAGGGCAUGAAUUUAGCCAAAGGCUGCAGCCCUUCUUCGGAUACUUUGGAUCUGAGCUCGCACAAUCAUCAUCUGAACAAUAAUUCCAUCCUCGGUGCUACUGGGCCGCAGGAAGUCGUGAUGAAGGAGAAAAGCAAGAAUGCAGCGCGUUCGCGCCGCGUGAAAGAGAAUCAGGAAUUUUUAGAAUUGGCGAAGCUGCUGCCACUUCCGACGCCCAUCACCACGCAACUGGACAAGGCCAGCAUCAUUCGACUGACCACGAGCUACCUGAAGAUGCGAGCGUUGUUUCCUCAUGGUCUUGGAGACGAAUGGGGUGCCGCCCCGCCGCCCAUCAACCCGCUAGAAUCCGCUAUCAAGGAACUAGGCACUCAUAUUUUGCAAACUCUGGACGGUUUCAUAUUCGUCGUGGCGCCCGACGGCAAAAUUAUGUACAUAAGCGAAACGGCCAGCGUGCACUUGGGACUGUCGCAGGUGGAGUUGACGGGGAACAGUAUAUACGAGUACAUCUACCACAACGAUCGCGACGAGAUGAUGGCGGUUUUAAACCUGCCCCAAAGCACCGCGGACCUCACAGGCUUCAGUUUCUCCCCGCCUAAUUCGAGAGGCGAAAUCGAGCUAGAGCGUGCCUUCAUCCUCAGGAUGAAAUGCAUCCUGGCGAAGAGGAACGCGGGGCUGGUCACGGAAGGAUACAAGGUCAUACACUGCUCUGGCUACCUAAAAUGUAUCAUAGAAGGACCAGUAGGGUCAGAGUACGAGGACGGCACAGGUAGAUGCAUCAGAAACGUUGGGUUGCUGGCGGUGGGUCAUUCCCUGCCUACGCGGUCCAUAACGGAAGUCAAAUUACACCAGAAUAUGUUCAUGUUCCGUGCAUCAUUGGACCUGAAACUGAUAUUCGUCGACACUAGGAUGGCCGAAAUGACUGGGUACAACCCACCUGAUCUGAUCGAGAAAAACCUCUAUCAUUACGUGCACGGGUGCGACGCGUGCCAGCUGAGACAGGCUCAUCGAAUAUUGCUGUACAAGGGUCAAGUGACGACCAAAUACUACAGGUUCUUGACGAAGUCGGGAGGCUGGAUCUGGAUGCAAUCGUACGUAACGAUCGUCCACAAUUCGAGAAGUUCCAGGCCACAUUGCAUAGUGUCGGUUAAUUACGUGUUGACGGAACCGGAGAGCACAGACUUGGUGUUGAAUUGCGAGCAAAUAUCCUCCUGCUCGAGCCCGGGGAAUCCCCCCAGCGCGCCUCUGGCCACCCCCACGGCCAGCGCAGGAGCGAACGAUUUGGAGAACCACAGCCCCAGCCCUCCGGCUUAUCGGAACAGAACGAAAGAACCGCCUGAUAACGAUUACGGGGACAGCGCCGGUUACCCUAACCCCGAGUACAUCGGCACGUCGAAUCACAGCCAUUUUUUAUCGUCGCCUUACGCCACGCAAAGUUUGAAUGGCAAUACUCACGAGGAUAGCUCCUACUACAGCCCUGACUUGUUCUACCAAUACGGAGAUAUGCACCAAGACCCCCUGGCCACGGUGCCACAACAGCAAGAGACGCAACACCCGCACCUGCUGCACCAUACCAACUCCCUGUCGAACCUCCAGCAGCACAGUCCUCAGAACGCCCAACAGAAACGUCAGCAUCCCACUCACCUGCUGCAUCACGCCACGUCCCUGACCAGCCUGCAACAGCAGCAGCAGCACAGUCCGCAAGGAACUCAACAGAAGAGACCCUACUCGACCUCCUCCAGUUCCUGCGGCAGCACGGACGCCAUAGACACUCAUUUGCCGAGUCCGUUGAGCCUUCACUCUUUACCACCGAGCUAUCAUCCCCAUCAUCGUCACCACAUCCCCGACACAGCGCCGUCCAACCUCAACGAGGUGGGUGGCGUCAUUAUGUACCCCAACUGCGGCUUCAACAACAACGACAGCUACAACGCCGCCGCGAACGCGACAGGGAACCUCCAGCACCACGAGGCUCCCUAUCAGCCGCACUCCGGUCACCAUAGCUCUGGCAACACACCUGUGAAACAUUCGCAUCAUCACCUAGAGCCCACGCCAGCGGGUUACACUAGCGUGAUCGUAGACUCGCAACAGUACAGCCCUAGCUCCGUCCAGGAUCUGCACGGGCACGCUCACCAAUCGGCGCCGAUCGGUGGCGGCACGCCGCCGUUGGUGAUCCAUCAUCCACACCACUACGAGGCACAUCACCAAUUCGUUCACUGACACCAACUCGAGGUGCCCUGCGCGUAGCACCUCGACACCAAUUGCGACGACGAGCCGUGCUACCGAGGGCAUCAGAGUUGUCCCGCAGGGAACACCCUGGAGCAUCGUUCGGGCGUCGCCCAUUGCGCUGAUCGCGUGGUCGAGUCGCAGCAGUACGGUGGUCUUACCGAACCGCAAGACGGCGGUCAGGUUCACCAUGUGAGUGCUGGUUUGAGGACGUACGCCACCGAGCCUGUCGCCUACGUUGCGCCAUACGGAACGCGGUGUCGAGAGACCAGGGUGGAGUAGAGAUUGUUUGGUUCUUCGGGAGAAAAUCGAUUCUGAGAGCGAUUUUCAGUGGAGACUGGAAGAUCGAGGUGUGAUGAAAUGGCGUGUUUGAGAUCCAGGGUGGAUUGGAAAACAGAGUGUUUGGAUUCGAGGAGCUUUGAUUCUAGAGUUCUCAAAGCAAUUGGUUCACGGGAACGUUUCAGUCUCUUCAGUUAUUG